AUGCUUCAGGAGCAGCCGCAGUCGAACAUUGUGCAAGAUUUUACGUAUGCGUGGAACAAGGGGGUGGCACCAAUCACUCAGCACUUCAUCAAGAAGUACUACGACUAUGUCCGGCUGGAUGGGAGCGAUGCUAAUGGAAGAAUGCAGUCCUCGCGUCCCGAGAAACCGCGACGAGUGCGGCGCCUGCUUCGGUACAUACGCAGGCAGCUGCAGCGGCUGCAGAUCUUGAAUAACGACAACAUAAUUCUGGAUAAGCUGCUUCAGGAGAAACAGCAUGCGACGUCGUACGACGACUGGCUGGCCGCCGUCGUUCGGCUGGACGAGAUGACUCAGAAGGAAGCCUGGAAGCAGGAGGAAGAGACGACGCUGUAUGACUGGAAGCUUGUAAAGGGCCAGACGGAGAAGAUGCGUGCGGCACGGGAGCAGAGGGACUGGCUCCAGUUGCUGUACAUCAUCAGGACUACAUGGGUGCGGGACCUGGGAAACAUGUGUAACGUGAACCUAUACCGGCAUUCGCACGUCGGGACGAAGUACAUCAUUGACGAGUAUGUUGAAGAGAGCAAGCGCUCGUUGCACGAGCUGGUGUACCAAUCGAAUCUGGACAUGAACUACAUGUUAGGGAUGCUCGUGCAGACUCGUAAAAAUAUAGGGCGUACCGCGCUGGUGCUGAGCGGCGGGAGCACGUUUGGGCUUUUCCACAUUGGUGUCUUGUCUACGUUAUUUGAACAGGAACUACUGCCCCGUGUGAUUAGCGGAAGCAGCGCAGGUGCGAUUGUGGCUUCUAUUCUGUGCGUGCACCAUAAACACGAACUCGUUCAACUCAUAGAAGAUGUAUUGCAGAAAGAGUUCAACAUAUUUGAGGAUGAGUCGCAGAAAGUGAAACACGAGAGUCUUCUGAUGAAGAUCUCGCGGUUCCUUAAGAACGGUACAUGGUUUGACAAUAAACAUUUGAUCAAUACCAUGAUUGGCUUCCUGGGCGACUUGACAUUCCGUGAGGCGUACAAUAGAACAGGUAAGAUAUUGAGCAUCACGGUUUCUCCAGCGUCCGUUUACGAACAGCCACGUUUGCUAAAUCAGCUUACUGCACCAAAUGUGUUAAUUUGGUCUGCUGUAUGUGCAUCAUGUUCCUUGCCCGGGGUUUUCCCAUCUACUCCCAUUUACGAGAAGGAUCCGAAAACCGGUGAAACGACUGAAUGGAACAGUAGCUCGGUGAAAUUUGUUGAUGGCUCUGUGGACAAUGAUCUACCCAUUGCCAAGCUGUCUGAAAUGUUCAACGUUGACCAUAUUAUUGCGUGCCAAGUGAACAUCCAUGCAUUCCCAUUUUUGAAGCUGUCGCUGUCCUGCGUUGGGGGCGAGGUGGAAGAUGAAUUCAGUGCUCGUUUAAAGCAAAACCUUUCGACUGUCUAUAACUUUGUUGUUAACGAAGUUAUCCAUUUAUUGGAGUUGGGUACCGAGUUGGGAAUUGCUAGAAAUCUAUUUACCAAGAUGAGGUCCGUCUUAUCGCAACAGUACUCAGGUGAUAUUACUAUUCUUCCAGACCUUAAGAUGCUUCUACGCAUUAAGGAACUCUUGGCAAACCCGACACAAGAGUUUUUGCUGAGAGAGACUGUCAAUGGUGCGCGUGCUACCUGGCCUAAGAUAGCCAUAAUUAAGAAUCAUUGCGGUCAGGAGUUUGAAUUGGAUCGUGUUAUCAAUUAUUUGAAGGGGAAAUUAAUAUCUAAACCUUCGCAGUCUCAUGGCACUCUGCAUUUCGUGGAUAAUUCGAUAUCACUGAUCAACUCACCGAUUAUUUAUCAUCAGGAUCAAAGUACCAUAAUCAGGGAGUUUUUGGAUGCACAUAAGGCACAAGAUGGACUGGUAGUUGACAAACCCACGAAACUGAUUCAUGCCGGCGGGCGUUACUCAUACUAUGGUGCAGCGAAAAGUAAGGUCCACUUCCGCAGAAAAUCAGAAUCUUCUGCUGAGGGAAAGGGCUUUGCCAACUUGGCUCAACCUCGCUCUGCCUCUAGUUCGCCAUUUAUUUCUGAGAAAGUAAUGCCAAUAGUCAUUGGUUAUCACGGCGGUCUUAGAAGGAAACGCUCAGGAGGAUACCUCACUUUCUCUGCCGGUAAAAAGUCACCAUCGUCCUCUGCAGGGAAAUCGCUCAAUAACUAUACGAUUUCUGAAUCACAAACAGGAGAUGAUAAUUGUUCCAUUGUCUCAGAGCCCUCUGGGAUUCUUGGUGGAGUCCAACAUGUCGAUGAUGAGGAUGAAAUUUCUCCCAGGUUGGACUUGACUGACCGGGGUCCUGAAGUGAGUAACUCUGGAGGAACUUCCAAAUUGUCAAAACUACCACAUAGAGGGUUCCGGCGGUUUAGAAAAAGCCCAGCUUCCAGUCAAACUAGUAUUAGAACGGUGAAGAAUAUCCCCGAGAAAAGGGAACAAGGCCCAAGUGAUGAUACUAAAGGUUGA